AAAGAAUUUCAGCAAUUGAACCAUUUCCCAUUAGAAUCCAUUUAUCCACUAAUACAUUAAGGGGGAACAGAGGCAUCCUCCGGAUCCUGUGCUUUCAUAAAAAUGACAAAAGCAACAUCUUGCUGUCUGGACACUGCUCCACACCUUUCGUAUGUGUGUGUGAUGUCACAACGAAUGUACAAAAGGGAUGGAGCUUGCUUUCAUCAUUUGCCCAAUCCCCCCAACUCUCCGAGAACCUCUCUGGGCUGAGUUUGUCAGUUUCUUUACAAUGACUUUCCUGUGAACUGGCAAGGGGCCGGGUUUGUUCAGCUUGCAGCUGGCUGUUUACAAACCGCUUCCUGAAUACUCCUCAGGCUGUAAAUUCUCAAAUACCGAAAUGGGAGAAGAAACCAAAAAGGAGAUCAAAGAUAGGAACACGUCUGCUCUGUGCCCGUUUCCUCUGCAGGGUUUCACAGCUGGCAGCGCAUGAUUGGCUGUGAGCUGAGCAAAGACGGCCGCAAGCGGGGGUAUUACCAGUACGCCUAUGAUGGGGAGGACUUUAUCAGCUUGGAUCAGGAGACCCUCACCUGGACCGCAGCCGACGUCCGUGCUCAGGUGACCAAGAGGAGGUGGGAAGCCGAGCCUUUCAUUGCCCAGAGCCGGAAUCACUUUUUGCAGAAGGAGUGUAUUGAGCUGCUUCAGAAAUGCACAAAGCAUGGAAAGGACUCUCUGCUGAGGAAAGAGCCCCCAGUGGUGAAGGUAACCCACAGGAUCCAGUACAAUGGCCUGGAGACCCUCAUCUGCCGAGCCUAUGGCUUCUAUCCCAAAGAGAUGGAUAUCUCCUGGAGGAAGGAGGGGGAACUCUGGGAGCAGGACACCUUCCGGGGGGGUGUCCUGCCAAACUCAGAUGGGACCUACCAUGCCUGGCUGAGCAUCGAGGUCGAUCCGAAGGAGAGGGACCACUAUCGGUGCUAUGUGGAACACGCCGGGCUGCCGGAGCCUCUGAUCAUGGCCUGGGAGGAGCCUGCCUUUGUGCCCAGCAUGGGGCUUGUGGCCGGAGUCGUGGCCGGAGUCGUAGGAGUUGCGGUGGCCGCAGGCAUCCUUGCUGCUGGAGCAAGUGUCUACAUCAAAAAACGUGGUGGAGAUGCAUACAGGACACCAUCAACCAGCAGUCAGGAUUUUGAGAGUCCUCCAGUGGCCCACUUGGCAGGUAAAAACAGAGCAAAGAAGAUCUACACCGAGGACUUGCUGUGAAUCGCUGGUGCUUCUGAAGGAUCCAGGGUGAAGCUCAAAGUUCUUGGUGGAAUCCUAGCCAUCAGGAAGGACUCAAGUCGUCUACACACUUAGCUUGGAUACCAUUAGCAUGUUUUCUGAGGUCUCAGAAUUCCAAGAAGUAUAAAGAAUUUAUAUAUUAUAAAUGAUAAAAAAAGAAUUCCAAGAACUAUAAACUAGCCACACAGGCUGGGUUUACACAACAUGCUGAGUUGCACAGUAACAAAGCAAGAUGAAGAGAGCCAUUGGGGUAAACUCUUGGUCUGGGAGCAGGAAAAUCCAAGUUCUCGUCCCCCUUUAGCCAUGGGAGACUCUGGGCCAGACCCUCCCGCUCAACCCAACCAACCUCCAGGUCUGUCCUGGGGGAAAACAAGAGGAAGGAGCAUUGUGUCUGUUGCCUUAUGCUCCUGAAUGAAAGGUGGGAUAUGAAUUUAGCAAAUCUUAUCUAAAUCGAAAGAGAGCCAGUUUGGUGUAGUGGUUAAGGCACCAGGCUAGAAACUGGGAGACUUUGAGUUCUAGUGCUGCCUUAGGCACGAAGCCAGCUAGGUGACCUUGCGCCAGUCUCUCUCAGCCCUGGGAAGUAGGCCAUAUCAAACCACUUUGCAGUCCUCAGGAAAACACUGACUCAAAGGCACCAAAAAAAAAAA